ACACGAUGGAAAAUGACACGAGUUCGUCCAUCACGUUUUCGUUAGCCGUCGCCUCGUUGGUUUUGUUUCUUCUUUACAGAUACUUGACGUCAACGUUCACGUAUUUCUCUGAACGCGGAAUUCCCGGCCCGAAACCCGUCCCGAUAUUCGGGAAUUUGUGGGGCAUUUGGCGAGUGAAUUUACCUCAGCACGAUCGGGAAUUGGUGAAAAAAUACGGCAAGAUCUUCGGCUACUUCGAUGGCUCCAAUCCCAGUCUGUGGGUCACCGACCCUAAAAUCAUUAAGGCUGUUUUUAUCAAAGAUUUUGACCACUUUAUCAAUCGUCGGAACAUGACGUUCGAAAGCAAAAUCGUUCGUCGGAUGGUUAGCAGCGCCCGCGGCCAGGAAUGGAAGGAUAUCCGCUCAUCCAUCACACCGGCUUUCACUUCGGGAAAAAUCAAACGAAUGUCCACCUUGAUCAAAGCGUGCGCCGAUCAAUUGGCAAUCAAAUUCGAUACAAUCGUAGCAACUGAAGGGAAAUUGAACGCUAAAAUACAGUUUAGCGCUUUCACGAUGGACGUGAUAGCCCGAUGUGCUUUUGGCAUGAAGAUUGAAAACUUGGGUGGAAAGGACGACCAGUUCAUGGCGAGAGCGAAAGCCAUUUUCAAUCCACCCGUCAACAAGACACCAUUAGCAGUGAUUCCUUUUAUUUAUCCCAAAUUGAUUCCUAUAUUGGGUGAACGUCUCUUCCUUACCGAAGGCUUCCAGUAUUUCAUUAAACUAUUAGAGAACUUGAUCAAGGAUCGAACGGCAUCAAAGCAGAAAUACCAGGAUUUCGUACAGGUGGCCACAGAAGCCAUUACCGAAUACAAGAAGGAGGUCGAAGGCAAGCCUGUGCCUAAAUGGAACAAGGAAGAAAUUGAGGAGAUAGUUAUCGCCCAGUCGGUCCUCUUCCUGUUGGCCGGGUUCGAUACGACGGCCACGACGUUGACCAACAUCAUCUUCCUUUUGGCUUUAAACCCGCAGAUCCAAAGCCGAUUACACGACGAAAUAGCGAAGAAGAUAGAGAUUUUCGCAGAAUUGAACCACGAAAUGCUUAUCGACUUUCCUUACAUCGACCAGGUCAUCAACGAAGUGCUGAGAAUGUAUCCACCAGUUCCGAGGGUAGAGAGAGAAUGCAACAAGGACGUGAUUUACAAUGGCAUUCAAAUCCAGAGAGGUACCAUCGUUACCGUCCCAUCGUUUGCUCUCCAUUACGACCCGGACAAUUAUCCGGAGCCGGAGAAAUUUAAUCCCGAUAGGUGGACCACUGAUAAUAAAGCUGAACGUAAUCCUUAUACCUUCUUGCCAUUCGGGAUGGGUCCUCGGAACUGCGUCGGGAUGCGCUUUGCUAUGGAAGAAAUUAAAAUAGCGUUGUGCACGAUGAUACAGCGGUUCCGCUUCUUUCCAGUCACUGAAACACCGGAGACGAUGCAAUUCGAAAAAGGGUUUAUGCAAGUGACACAGCCGGUGAAUGCUAUCGUUGGAAUCGAGCAUCGUACUGCUGAAUGAAUCUGUGCAUCUUGUGAUAUUCGUCAGCCACUAGGCUUUUGCCGAUUAACGGAUCUAUAUUACCUUGAUAGACCCGUUUAUCAAGUAACCAGAUGCCCGCGUGCAAAAUUCCUAUUGUCAUGAUAUUUGAAACAGUGUCGGUAAGCGAGACCAUUUAGUUUUUACAAUACAUUGCAUUUGUUGUUUAA